UCAAAAUAAAGCUCCGGCGGGAAGGAGGAAGUUCUGCGUGUUCAGAAUUAGAAACAUUAGCUGCUACACAAAGUGUGUUUUUAGAGUCUAAGAGUUUUUAUUCCGUAGUAUCCAAGUGUCUCCGGAACUGACAUCAUUAGCCAUUUAGCUUCAGGCUAUUUUACACGUUACAGCAAGUUUGACAGAGCGCUCUCCCCAACAUGUUGUUUUUGCAGCUCAUUACCUGUUUUUCGUUCAUGCAAAUUUGUACGGCAGAUGAGACGAAAUUAAAAGUAAAAGCCGCUUCGAAACCUGUGAGGUUGUUCACAGACGAAGAGCUGAGAAACUACGAUGGAACUGAGGAAGGGCAGCCUAUUUACAUGGCCAUAAAAGGUGUGGUGUUUGACGUCACGUCUGGAAAAAAAUUUUAUGGGAAAGGUGCAGCUUAUAAUGCUCUUGUAGGGAAGGACUCAACCAGAGCUGUGGCCAAAAUGUCACUUGAUCCUAAAGAUCUGACACAUGAUGUAGCUGGUCUUACUGAGAAAGAGCUGGAGUCCCUGGAGAGCGUAUUUACUGGAACAUACAAAUCAAAGUACCCUAUAGUGGGUUACACGAGCAGACGAAUUCUCAAUGAAGACGGCAGUCCCAAUGAGGACUUCAAACCAGAGGACCAGCCAAAUUUCAGUGUCAGAGCUGAGCUUUGAUACUUUAGAUAAACAGGAACAUUUAGCUCUCAGCAGUAGUGAUGGUUAGAUAUCCCAAACUGAUUAAUCCUUACUGUCUUUGUGUGAGGUAAGAUUUCUAUCUGACAAUGUGACCGCAGAUUAAUUUUUCAUGAUGUUUCUCAACACUGGGCUUUUUAUUUGUCCUUUCCUGACAGUGUUCCAAUGUCAGAAUAAAAAAGGUACUUGUUGUAACUUAAUGUAAUCCAAUACAAUAAUUGGUUGUAUUUCUGAACUAGUGCUAAAGCAAACUACAGCUACAUGUACAUCUAAAGUAGUUUUUUGCAGCAGGACAUUAUUGUUGUAGCAUGAUAAUAGCAAAUAUUUUUGUAGGGGAUUAUUAUAUGGUGUUAAACAGUUUCACUCUGUCUGGGAAAGUAAAAAUGUUCUGUUUUUCCAUUUGUUUUCAUGAUACUAUAGGGGAAGUUUGGUAUUACUGUGUACUACUUUAUACAUUGCACCUCUCUUAUCACUUUAAAAGGUGGGAAAUGAAUGUAAAUUCUUUACAAUUCUGAAUAUUUAUCUUUUUUAACACAGCGAUAUUUUAGUACACAGCGUCAUAUUGUUGUACUUUAUCUAGACGCGUCACACUUUGCCACUGCGUACUGUACGCAGCCGUCUGGUGGUUUUAACCUGAUGCGCUCUGGGUGGUCUGGCUACCCACACUCUAGUAAAGGAAUGAUGCACACUA